UCAAGUUAACGAAAUGAAGGAAAAACAGGAGCAAACAAAGGGAUUUGCUUCAACUAUGGAGAAGUUGCAGGCAGAAAACAGACAGCUGCAACAAGCUCUUGAAGAAACAAAGUGUCGUCUGAAUACUAAAACUAAGGCUUGUAUGAUGGCCGAAGAAAAAAUGAAACAUCUCUGCUGUCAGCUUGAUGACCUGAAGAAACAAAUGGAGAAGUUGCAGACAGAAAACAGACAGCUGCAAGAUACUCUUGAAGAAACAAAGUGUCGUCUCAAUGCUGAAACUAAGGCUCGCAUGAAUGCUGAGGACAAAAUCAAACGUCUCUGCUGUCAACUCAGUGAACUGAAGAAACAAAUGGAGAAGUUGCAGGCAGAAAACAGACAGCUGCAAGAAGCUCUUGAAGAAACAAAGUGUCGUCUCAAUGCUGAAACUAAGGCUCGCAUGAAUGCCGAGGACAAAACCAAACGUCUCUGCUGUCAACUUAAUGAACUGAAGAAACAAAUGGAGAAGUUGCAGGCAGAAAACAGACAGCUGCAAGAAGCUCUUGAAGAAACAAAGUGUCGUCUCAAUGCUGAAACUAAGGCUCGCAUGAUGGCCGAAGAGAAAAACAGACAUCUCUGCUUUGAACUUGAUGACCUGAAGAAACAAAUGCAAGCAAAGAAGCAUGUUGAGCAGACUGUGGAGAGUCUGCAGGCCGACAACAGUGCACUGCAGCAAUCUCUCGAGGAGACCAAGUCUCGUCUCGCCGCCGAAACUAGGGCUCACAAGACAUCCCAGCAGAAAAUCACAGAACUCUGUAUUCAAACUGAACAACUCAAAAAGGAAAAGAUUAAAUUCAAUGAAUACACCCAGGAGAUACGAACACAGUCGAAAACGACACUGAUUCAGGUGGCAUCAGCAACCAGCCACAACACUCCAUGUAAGGAAUACCACACUCGUCCAUGUAAGGAAUACCGUGCUAGUCCAUGUGAGGAAUACCGCGAUCAUCCAUGUGUCGAAUACCAUUCAGAGAACACCGUCACAGCCUCACAAGAGAAGAUACACAUGCUGCAGGCGGAGGUGUGUAAAUUACAAGAAGCACUCGGUACUCGGAACAACUUGGUUGAAUUAAAGUAUCAGAAGAAAAACUUGGAACUUGAACAGAAAUAUUGUGAAGAGCAGCAGUGCAUCAAAAAAGAGCUGGCUCUGAAGAAUCAGGAAAAUUGCAGGCUGCAGGAAGAAAUGCGAGAACUCAAGGAGCAGCUAUCACACAGGUCAACCGGACUCCAUCAAGCCUCGGGAUCCCAUCAGAAACCAAAUAAAAGUGGAGUCUCUCAAAUGAAUUUUGAGGUCACCGUUGAAAGCAGCCUGCACAGUAUCACAAAAGACAAAGAAGCAGACAGACGGCCAGCCAGCUCACACAUGAUGCUCAACAGUACACAUGUAUCUGGCACAGGUCACAACAAUUCAUUAACCCAGAACUCCAGGUUGCCUAAAACACGAACCGAGAGGAUAAAUGAACUGAUUGCCAAUUCCCAAGAGCGUGCCAAACAGCUGCUAAACAGCGAUGCAUACAACAAAACAUUUAACAAUAAUACCUAUGCAACUCAAAAGUUCAUCAAUAAUCUGCGGCAUGGAUGUUUUAUUAAGAAUGGCAUUUCACAAAAUAGUGACUAUUCUUUAUGUCACUGUGGUCCUGUGUAUUUGACAAUGCGAAAAACAAAGUCUGAGCACCUCUGCCGUAUUACCCAGUGAAGAUUCAGUCACUCUGCAGCAUCCUGUACAAGUUUCAGACCUUAAAGCGGAUUACUAAACAUUACUAUCAGUUGAUUUAGUUCUUUUUAAUUAAUCUCAGGUUAAUGAAAAAAGUAAUUUACUCAUUGAUAAUAUUAAUAGCAAAAUUCAAUCAAGUCUGGAGUUAGUACUGGAGAAAAUAUGAUUGCUUCACUUAAGUGUAAAAAUUUAUUUAUUGUUUUCUGCCUCUUUCCAAUCAAGGUUCAGGUAUUUCUGUCCUGGGCACGGCCUCUGACCUUGCCAGUGAUCAUAUUCGGGACAGAUUAUACCUAAAAUAAACAUGUUUUUAUACUAAAACUUGAAAGAGGCAUUUGAUCUAGAUCACUGUAUGAAAUAAAUUAUUUUCUAUUGACCGAUUUCAUUUGGUUUAAAUUUCUGUAUUCGGUAUGAUCGAAGUAGAAAAGAAAAAGUCAGUAGUCAAACGUUUAAAUAAUAUAUGUAGAUAUGAUUUUGCUUGUUUAGUAAAUAUAUUAAUGUUUAUUUAUCUGUUUUUUAAAAUACCGAAUUAAUAUUUUAUAUUUUUAAUAUUUUAUGUUUUUACUGUGAUACUGUUUUGUAUGCGUGUGUAUGCGCAUGCAUACGUGUGUAUUCCAUUACGUUACGUUACUAUGCUUCUUCAUCAAUUGUUUUGACAAAUCAGCACUUCUCAACCUAUGGUAUCUUAAUUCACAGUUUUCAGUUGUGUUGAUGAUUCAGAGUUUUAUCACUUAUGUUUCUAGACUCCUAUAAUCAGCACCCUUCCCCACCAUUCUCCAAAGGCUAUGUUGUUUUUUAUUCCCAAGUUUGGAGUGAAAACUUCCCAAUGAAUAAUUCCCAAAAUGUUUUUUAUUAUUAAAAGAUAUAUUUUAAAAAUGAUACUAACACUUGACAAACACACUUCCCUCCUCUAUAACGUUUAGCACAUGUAUAGUUUUACUCUUUUAAAUUCUAACUUAGCUUAAUGAGAUGUUUUUGAAAUGAAACUGAAAAUUAACUCUCUUUUUUGUUGUUUUUGGUAAAACAACACUAAAAUUCCCAAAGUCAAAGUCAUGGGCAUUGAGCCCAAUUAGAAAAUAAAACCUUGUGGUUAAUACACACACCAAAGCAAUAUUAUCAUGUCAACGUGGAUUCUCCUUUCAUUGACUUGCAGUCUUUGGAAUGAUAAACUUGAAUUAUCCUACUGGGUGAGGAACAAAGAAAGCAGUGUUUUAUUUAACAUUGCACUCA